AUGGACAAUACCGCCGGCGACCAUGAGGGCUCUGCCCCAAUCCUUGGGCAACUAGCCGGGCAACUGAAAGCCACGAAGGCUGCUAAUGACUGGACUUUGUCUUGCCUAAUUGACCAAGCUGAUGCGGCUUUGGUUGCCCACCAGGCUACAGUGAAUGACGUUCAGAAUCGGGAAGAGGUGUAUCAUAUGGAGCUUCAAGCUUUGAAGGAUAAACUCGUUUGCCUUGAGGGCGAUCCUAGUCGCCAUUUUGACAAUAUGAAGGCAACAAUCAAUGAUCUUAGAUUGACCAACACUCACCUACAGAACUCAUACCGCUCGCUUCUCAAGAUGCACACUGCUACACGUGUUGAGCACCAGGCCCUCAGACGGCUCAAUCAAGGUGUUCAGUCUGACUGUGACCGGCUCAGAGCCAACUGCAACGAGUUGCAAGCCACUUGCACCGUGCUUGAGAAUCUUCGCGACAGCCUGACCCAGGAAGUGGAAAGUAAACGAGGUGUAAUUGAAGCUCUUGCAGAGUUUUGUCGAUGCGUUGUUUGCACCUCCUUCAUGACCCGGCCAUGUGUGAUUGAGUGUGGGCAUGUUUUUUGCUCAACUUGCCUCGACACUUGGUUUGACACGCAUGCUACUUGUCCUCUGUGCCGAGGGAUCAUGAGCCCAACUGAAGGCAGACCCAUUCUUGGAUUAUCUGAGGUCAUCUCGAAGAUGGUUGGUGCCCACGCCGAAUACCGUGACCUUCUUUGA